CAAUGUUUGUGUGUUUGAACAAAGCUUCGAUUGAAGUCACGUUUUUGUGGCCGGAAGGGCCCUUGAUACGAGGUGGCACUUUGCUUUGUACUGAGAAACAAGGGGUGAAUUUGACAGAGUUUGAACAAAGCUUCAAUGGCUACUGAACAAGACUCAGAUGCUCUAGCCGAGGACUUACACGAGGCUGUAUGCAAUAAUGACGUCACCCAAGUUAGGUCCCUGUUGGGACAGGGGGCAGACCCCAACCACCAGCUCUACUGGAGUGAUGACGAGUGGGCGUUUAAGUUGCCUCCAUUACACUAUGCUUGCUAUGAGGGCUACCUUGAGAUUGUGAAGACACUUGUUACUCAUGGAGCUCGUACUGAUAAAGGUGAUGGGAGUGACAACAGUACUCCACUUCACUGGGCAUGCCGGGAAGGUCAUAAAGAGAUAGUGCAGUACUUGAUCCAGGAGGUUAGAUGCAGCACUGAUGUGAGGAAUAAUGAUAACGAGACUUCUCUUCACUCUGCUUGUGCGGGAGGAAGUAAAGACCUGGUACAGUAUCUGGUGGAGGAAGUGAAGAUGGAUGUUGGCACUCCAUUGACUGAGGAAAACUCCGAUGCUCUAGAAAAGAUGCUCCUAGACAAUAAAAUCAAAGGAUUUGCUUUGACUGGUGAAAGGACAUACAAGGCAGUUGAACGCCACCUUCAGGAGCUCGGACACAGAGAACUAGCAGCCAACCUGAGGGCAAACCUCGACAAAGCCCUCAAUGAAUUCAAGUCUGAGCAAGCUCUUAAUGAAGCCAUGAAGGCUGGAUUUGUCCGUGUGAACACUACCAAUAUCUUAUUCUUUGGAAUGGCAGGCACUGGUAAAACUUCCACUAAGCAUCUCCUUCUGGGACUGCCUCCUCCUGUAGAUAGAAAUAGCACUCCAUUAGCUAGCACAGCAGAGAGGAUAUGUAUUAGACAAAUUCGUGACACUACAAAGAUACGAAUGGAAACUCAAGAAGAUUCCUCUAGAACAUGGAAACCAGUAUCUAGUGAUGACCUACAACGCAUUGUUGCUGAUGCUAUUAAAUCUCAUGUAACCAGCUCAGAUUCUGAAGAAUACGCUAACCCACAAGAACUCAGUAUUGCUCUGAAGCAACUUGAACCUAGCAAUGAAUCCAGUACGCCAGUUGAUGCAACUCCUUCGACUUCAAGAGCAACUAAACCAUCAGUAGCUGGAGCAAAAAUAACUCGUAGUAAACAAGAAAGAAAAAAGAUUAAAUUUCUUAGCACUGUUUCAAAUGUAAUGGCGAAUAUUCAGCGAUUUUCUGAUGCUGAUCGUACUGCCGUUCAAGAAAAGUUUGGAUUUCAUUGGAUCUACAUAAUCGAUAGCGGUGGGCAACCACACUUUCAUAAUCUACUGCCUCUCUUCAUGCCCAAGAUUUCUGUAGCUUUGUACACUCUUCGUCUGUCUGAUUGCCUAGAUGAUCAUCCGCUAGUUGAAUACUACAAGGACAAUAAGCCAGUUGGUGAAUGUUUCAAGUCACAUCUCUCAGUUUUGGAUAACUUUAAGUAUCUCGUGCAGUCAAUUCAAUCUCACAGUGAAAACUGCAAGCUGGUAUGCAUUGGUACUCACAAAGACCAUCAAUCUGAAUGCAAGGAAACAUUAUCCGACAAGAAUAAAACGUUAUUGAAUUUUGCGGAGAAAGACUGCAUUAAGAAGUUGACUAUGUUUUUCAAUUUGGGUAUAACGAAAGAGAUAUUAUUUCCUGUGGAUUGCAAACACUGCGAUUCUGACAGUCAGGAAGUGGCAAAGACAAUUCGUGAAUAUGUUCACAAACUAUCUCAAGAGCUGAAUAAUAUUGAAAUCAAGGUUCCUUUUUGGUGGUUUCUUUUGCAAAUUAUUGUCGAGAAGGUUUCAAACGAUGAAAACAGAAAAGUUUUAAGCAAGGAUGAAUGCGUAGAAAUUGCAAAAGCAUUACAUAAUUUUCACGAAGAUGCACUUUGUGAAGCUUUAAAAUUCUUCCAUGAGCAUAACAUAUUUCACUACUAUCCUGCCAUUCUACCAAAUGUUGUAUUUUGUGAUACUCAAGUGCUUCUCGAUAAAGUAACAGAGCUUGUCGAGUAUGCUGCAUACGUGCGAGCAAGUAAUGGGUUUGGAACGUGGUUAGAUUUUACAGAUAAAGGAAUUAUUACAAUUCAACUUUUAUCUGACAAAAAUUUUGAAAAGCACUACGUCGAUGAAAUCUUUGCACCCACUCAUCUCAUUGAAAUAUUCAAGCACUUGUUGAUAGCCACCCCAUUUCAUUUAUUCUCACAAGAAGUCGGGAAAGAUAAGCGUUUCUAUAUGCCAUCACUUCUAUCCUUGCUCCCACCAACUCAAGUCAAUGACAAACGAGCUGAUUUGCUUAAGACCGGUUUAAUCCCACUUGUUUUGCACUUUAAAAGCAACUGGCAGUGCUGUGGAGUGUUUUGCUGUCUCCAAGUGUACCUGAUUAAAGAAUGUGAAUGGGAAAUUGAAAUGGAAGAUCACCAGCCGAGUAGAAACUUUGUACAAUUUGUUCAUCGAGAGGAAGAUUGUUUUAUCACGCUAAUUGACGGAUUUUCAUUCCUCGAAAUUCAUUCCAGCAAUAAUCAAAAAGAAAUGCUGUCGUUAAUAAGCGAAAAUAUUUACUCUGGUCUUCGAUCUGCUUACAAAGCCCUGAAAUACACGUAUGAGGAUCCUGAAGUCACAUUUCUGUGUCCUUUCAUUUCGCAAUCCAUCUCUAGUCCAAGUCCCCAAGUGCCCCACCACCCAGCUCAUGUUCUGGUUGAGGAUGAUGUUAUGAGGUGUACUCUAUGCAAGACGACGUAUGAGCUAAAAGACGGUCACAAAGAUUGGCUCUCUCCUUGUUGUAAACUGGAAGUCGAUAUUCAAAACCAAACCUACUUGAAGAAACUGGACGAGCUGAUGGCCGACGAAAGUGGUACCAUUGAGCUACACUAUCUCAAGACGCACUUUAUUGGUCCCUCGGAUCUUGGCAAAACGACCACUCGACAGCGGCUUGUUGGAUCCAUUACUAACCUGUCUUUGCUGCCCGAAGAUCAAAGGAAACGUUGCAGUACAUUACUAGCCGAGUGUGAACAAGUAUUGGCCUUUAUGGACAAAUCUGGAACAAAACUUGAAUUUAAAGCAUCUUCAAAUCUAGAGGAAGAAACACAGUUUAUCUUCUCUUACCUUAUGUCCUGUGAACCUAUUGAAGACAGCACUGUCAGCAAUACUAGUCCACCUAAGGAACAGCCCACACAAGAAACCACUGACCCAAAGAUUGAAGACAGCACUGUUAGCAAUAUUAGUCUACCUAAGGAACAGCCCACAAAAAAAACCACUGACCCAAAGAAGCAAACUCAACUCAAGAUCGGUGAAUCUGCUACUGUACCCCAAGAAGCAGUAUCACCAAUACCAGAACCACCGGAAAAGGUCGUGAAAGUGACCACUGUAGAUGUUGAAAAGGUUAUCUCGAGACUCCGGAAUAUUGUGGGUUCAGGAGAGUACACUAAAGAGCUGCUGAACAAAGUCCUACUCAAUCUGGUCGAUAUAGGUGGGCAGCCUGGAUUCGUGGAGAUGUUUCCUUUUCUAAGCAAAGGUGCAGGUAUCUUCCUGGUAUUCUUUCGACUGGACAAAGACCUCGAUGACAUGUGUCAAGUCUCCUACGAACGAGGAAAGGACAAAAUCACACCGUACGAUUCAACAUACACAAGCAGAGAAACACUCUCUCAAAUCCUCUCAGCUAUCAGCCACCAUAUCAAGAUUGACUCGGAUAUUGACAGAGAGCUGUGUAGUAAACUGGGAAAUCUAGGCUCUGCUAAGCCUGUUGCUACCCUCAUAGGCACUUUCAAGGAUAAACUGGCAAUGCAAAUCAAAGUCAAUCUUCUGUACGAGAAAUAUUGUGACUUAACAAAAACUGCCUGCAAGAGCGAUAGUACCACUGCCAGCAAGAGCGAUAGCACCACUGCCAACAAGAGCGAUAGCACCACUGCCAGCAAGAGCCUAAAUGUAAAGAAAGCAAUUCAGAACAUUUUGACUCAUCAGAAAAAUGAUGAGCAUGCUAACGUCAGUGCAGAAGACAUGGCUGCCAUUGAGCAAACAGUCAGCCACCACCUCAACUCAGACGCUUUCAAGAAAGAUGUCCAAGACCGUUUAGAGCAAAAGUUGACAGAAAAAAACGAAGGUGUGACCAAAAUUACCAGCAAGUUUGAGAACUUACUUUCUAACCCAAAAGACACGAAGUUCCAAUUCAUAGCAGUGGAUAACUACGAAGGUACUGAUUCUGAUAUGGAACCUCUUCGUGAACAUCUUCAUGGCUUAUUCAGUAGCUAUUUCAAACAUGCCAAGCUUCGAAUUCGCCCACAACAGCUUUUGUUUGGAGUUGUACUGAGAAAAGAGUUUGACAUUGUGUCUAUGGAAGAAUGCAUUCGUAUCGGCACCGAGGGGUUAAAGAUGAGAGAGGAGGAGGUUCGAUUCACCGUUUGGUAUCUGGAUCGGUACGUUGGAGCUUUGAUCUAUCAUCCAGAGAUCAAGGACAAAGAUGGUUGGUUUGGGAACUUUAUCAUUUGCAACCCCCAAGUGGUAUUCAACAGCCUCAGUGUUCUCGUUGUCAAGCCGCUACUUGAGCUCCAUUCUGAAGAUAGCAGUAUUCACUUCAAGGAUGCUGAGAGAAAUAAUUGGAUACUCAAGGGACAAUUCUCAAUGGAAACAAUUACUCGAUGCCAUUCGAAGGAAAACCAGGGUGUGAAGAAAGACCAGUUGAUUCCUGUUGAGAAGCUGCUCAUACUACUCAAGCAUUCCCACCUUUUGGCCAAAAUCACAACAGUAAAGGAAGACCAUACCACAGAAGAGAUUGAAACGAGGUAUUUCAUCCCCGCUAUUCUCAAGUGUGCAUCUCGCGAGGAACUAACGAAACCACCCCCCACUGGCAUUGAUACACCCUCUCCAAUCAAGAUCACAUUCAAACCUCAAUACGUUCCCACUGGAUUAUUCUGUGCCAUGAUCAGUGAUUUGGUCUCAAGGGGGAGUAAAGGCAAAGGCAUUCUGGGCAUGACUUGGAAACUUGCCACUGAUACCUCAGUAAAGAGAAACCUCGUCUCCUUUCACAUUGACGAAUCUGCCAAUCAUUUUGUUACCCUGAUUGCUCACGUUGAUUGCUACGAGAUACGGAUUAUUCGACAGAACCGGAAGUAUACAAUGCACGAGCUUUGUUCCUACAUCCUCUCAACCCUCCUGUUGGUGAUGAAGGACAUUAGUCCACUACUCUCACCAAUUCUUGCUUUUGACUGCUACUGUGGCAAACAUGAAGAUGCCAUGAAACUGUGUCUCCUCACACCUGGAGUGUAUCCCUGCUUUAACUGCAACAGUGAAAUCUCUCUGAGUCCUCACCAAGAAUGCUGGUUUGCAAAAGAAGUCAGCCUGGGAGAUGAUGUUACUCUUCUUGCCUUUCCAUAUGCUGAGGACCUAGACCCAAGCCUCUCUUUUAAGUGGAAGAAGACAAGUUCGAAAAUUAAAGGGAGUGAAAAUGAAUUGGAAUUCAAGGCCUCGUUAAAUGAUCAUUUCGAGGGCUUUAUCAGUUGUGAGAUCUCCAAGAACCAGAAGGAUUUCUUUACCGUGUACCACUGCCUGAGAAACAGUAUCGGCAUUGCUGUACAUGAUGAUCAAGAAGAUGAAGAUCAAUUAUACACUAAAGAUUUGCAAGAAGUUCUUUCUCAAUUAAUGGAAGCCAUUAAUGUUUGGUUUGAGUUGGGCCUCGCUUUAGGGAUUCCAGUUGCCACGCUUGGAGAUAUCAAGUGUCAUACACAUUGCAAUAAAGAUGGUUUGAUUAGAAUGCUGGCCCACUGGCUGGAAUCUUCACCUUCUCGUACAUGGAGUGACAUUUGCAAUGGCCUCAAAAGUUGCACUGUCAAACAUGACGUUCUAGCAAAUACAAUUGAGAAGAAAUACAAUGGUCGGCUAUCAGGGAAGAGAAAGAGACCAAAAAACUGUUCGUGUGUUCCCGGACCCCAUGCAGAGGACUCGUCCCGACCACCCCACAUCACUGAUCCUCUAGCCCCAGGACACCUCCAAAUCCACACAUAUUAUGAAGAUUAUGAAGAUUAUGAGGUUUCACCUGGGCCCAGCUUCAACUGUCCAUAUUGUCAGAAAUGCACGCUUGAAAAGUACUUGUCAGAAAAUGGGUGUCCCGAGGCGACUGGCAAAACUCUCUAUCCAUAUCUCAAAACACCAGCACUCUCUGGUGAAGACCGAUCAAUAUUAGAGGCCACUCUCAGAUCUGACACUCAGAAAAUGAUUGACCUUUUUGCUUUUACCGACGCUACUAUUGCAGAUAAUCUUAAAAAGGAUGUAAAUGUGGUCAAAAUCUUCGUUUUGAAUUUGGUUCCAUUAGAAAGUAACGUUGAAAUAAAAGAAGCUGAUACAAUUCCAAAAAUGUUUGUUGCCCUUACGCCAUAUAAAUCUUUUCUAAACUACAAGAUUGUCGAUAAAAUUGUAUCGACCUUUGGCUCCAAAGAAAACAAGAAGAUCAUGAAUGAUUACGUAACUGCAUUCAAUGAAUUUUGCAGAAGAAGUGCCUUCGAGAUUCCCCGCAACGUCUUUCCCAGCUUAUCUAAAUCGAAGAACGAUAAAAUUUUGACAAUGAAACUAACUUCAAGUGGAUACAUGAACUCUUCUCUUCGUGAUGCUUUUUUGGCCAAAGAGACCGUUGCUUCUAUCUUUGGCGUGAAGGAAUGGGAACUUCAUUUAUCCAGUAUCGAGGAUGGGUGCAUGUGUCUGAGGUUCCUUCUUUCUGCAAAUGCUUUUGCUCAGUUAUAUCCACCCACAGUUUCACAACUAGCUUCUCUCUGUGAGGCAGGGAUCAGUAUUUAUGAAGAUGUAGCACCUACGACUGUUAAGAGUGGGCUACCCCCACCUGAUGCUGCUGCUGCUCCUCCAACGUUAACCACUGCCCAGUACACAAAGCCUGAAGAAGACCAGCCAACAAAACCCAAAGUUCAGACUGAAGCGACUGCAGCACAGCUGAGUCAACAGUGUUCUAAUGACGCUCUCAUCCAGUUGUCUACCGAGAUUGCUGACUAUAAUGGUUUCAAAGUCAAGCUGGGCCUCAGUGAUGCUGAAAUUAACGCUAUUGAUCAGUCACCGGUCACAAUUAAUGGGAGAUUUUAUGCUGCUCUGAAAAAGUGGAAAAGUAAAGGCAUGUUUGAUAGGACAGCCACAUAUGGUCGAUUAAUGGAAAUUGCUAAGAAAAAGGGAGACGCAUUUGCAUUUCAGAGGAUUCAAAGCACCUGUACCAAGUAUGCAAGGUCACCAUUUGUUUUUUUGAUUCAACCCAAAGACGUUUACUGUAAACCUGGAGAUAAAGCUGAAUUUACAGUAUCGACAUCACCAUCAUCUACACAUACAUGGUAUUUUAACGAUCAAGCAAUAUCUCUUCCUGAUGAACAAAAUUUACUCCCUGAAUAUGAAGGACAAAAAUCUGAACGGCUCCUGAUAUUAAAAGUCAUUCCUAAGCAUAAAGGAGUUUAUUCGUGUAUUGCUGAAGAUGAAUAUGGUACUCGGAUCACCUCAAAACGUGUAGUACUCAUUGCAGAGGGAGAGAAGAUUGAAAAGCAAGAAUUACAAUUCAUAGGGAAAAUUCUGGAAAAUUCUGCUAUUGACUUUGGAAAAGAUGGAAUUAAGACAGUGGACCUACUCAAUGGCGAAGGUGAUGUCACUUACGAAGAAAUGGAGUUUGUAAUGAAAACAAAUCAGAAGACUCAAUUGUUGUCAAUAAACCUAAAGCAGGAAAUCACAUCAAGACAGAAAGAGGAGCAACUCUAUGAUGAAGCCAUAAAGUUUAAAGGGAAGGUCUCCCUUACGUACACCAAAAUCCUUGCCCUGGGUCCAGGUCAGGUUGGAAAGUCUACUUUUAUUAACAGAUUGUUGGGGAAAAUGGAAGGGAACAUCCAAAAAUCUCCUCCAGAAACACAGCCUCAAUCGAGUACAGGUAUUUCGGAGGUGACAGAAGCUUGUAUACAGUGUUCAACAAUAACUGGUGCUGUAACUACUAAUAGUACAACUGGUGCUGUAAACGGUAAAAAAUGGUGUGUUGUCAAAGACGAGCUGUGCGAUCAACUUAGUGGUUUAAUGUCACUAAUAGUGAAUAAGCCAUCUCAGGGCCUAAAGCACAAACUGCAUGGAAUCCCAAAAACAAUCAUAACUAACAAGGUUGAAGUUAUAGAAAAAGAAUCAGUGGUUGAUGCUUUUCCAUUGCAAGAGGAAGAGAAACAUACAUUACUCAAUGAAUACAAUCAUUCUGUGGAGGCACUGCCAGUUUCUAGAUCUAGUUCUACUCCAGAGUCAAGACACGAUUCAUUAAUUCCCCAGGAUUCAGAUAUUGACAAAACGAUUAUGGAUUUCCAAGAACUAAAAGAGGAAUGGAGUCAUAGACUAGAUAGCAUGGAUUUUGAAAUGCUAUUUACUGUAGCUGAUGUAGGUGGACAACCAGCAUUUCUAGAAAUGCUACCGUCCUUAACUAUAGGACCAGCUCUAUACCUUGUGUUUAUGAAACUUAAACAAGAUCUAAAUUUUAGAAGCAAGGUGCAGUUUAAAUGCAAGGACUCGCGUACCAAACAUUUCGAGAAUUACUCGUACACUUCAGAAGAAGUCAUUUUUGCAGCACUUUCAAGCAUAGCUUGCUUUGGGCACUCAGAUGAGCAAGUGGAAAAAUAUGUUAAGCCAGCAUCAGAUGAGAAAAAGCGAACAGAUUCUGUAGCGUUACUUGUGGGAACUUUUCUUGAUGAGAUUCAAAAUGAUCUACAACUAAGUCUUGACAAGAUUAAUGGACAGCUUGAGGAACGGCUUAAAAACACAGCAUUUUUUGAAGAAGGCCUUGUCCAUCGUAUAAAAUUGUCAAAAGAUGACAGCUUAUUAGUGAACAAUUUAAGUGCCGAAGAAGGUGAAAUAGAAAAGCACAGAGACCUUUUAGAAAAGAUACUCAAAAAGAACUUUCGAGAAUAUGAAAUCCCAGCACAAUGGUUAAUGCUCAGUAUUUGUCUUAAGCUUCUUGCUAGAAAUCAAAACAAGUAUCAUAUUUCCUUUGAUGAUUGCGUCAAAUUGGGGAAGCAUUUUGAUAUGGACGAAAACAUGGUGAGUGUUGCCUUGCAAUUUCUACACAAAUACAUUGGGCUUAUAAUGUAUUUUCCUCAUCACGAAAACCUUAAGAAAAUUGUAAUAUGUAAUCCACAAUUAGUUUUUUCAACCAUCAGUGAACUAAUCUUUAACAUUUACGAUAACAACAAGAAUCAAGUCAGCGAAGCUAAGUGUGACCACUUUGUGCAAACUGGUUGCUUUUCACCUAAAGAUAUCAAGCUAGAAACCGUGACUCAAGAAAAUAAUAAACUCCUUUCUAUUGAAACUUUAGUUGAUCUGUUAGUGUACCUUCACAUUGCUGCUAAAGUGCCCCUAUCUUCUGAUAAAGAGAUUCUGGAGUACUUUCUGCCAGCUGUUCUUCAAACUGCUGAAACAGAUAUGGUUCAAAGGAGGGAAGAAGAUAGAAAUGAGGAAUUGCUUCCCGAACCAAUCUGCAUUCGAUUCAAAACGGGAUAUCUACCUUUAGGCUUUGUAUGUGCAUUGAGUGCAAAUCUUAUUGCUGAGAAUAAAUUUGAUCUACUCAUUGGUGAAAGCAAAUGUUACAAGAAUAGGAUUCUAUUUCGAUUCGAUGGUAAAUUCGAUAUCACUGUGAUUUCUUGUCCUAGGUAUUGCGAGUUUCGUGUUUUGAGGCACUCACCAGGCAACACUGAAUUUUGGAGUAAGGAUUGUUGUCCUCUAAUUAAGGAAAUUGUAUGUACAGCUGCGAAUAAGGUUAUCCAAUCUAUGCAACGUGGUUUGCGUUCGAUAGGUAUAAAUUCUGAAAUGUAUAAACUAGCUUUCCAUUGUCCAAGAGGAGUACACUCUAAGGCAGAAUUUGGACAGGAAUCUCUCGCUAUAUUCUGCCAUUGUGACCAAGACACGCAUGUUCCUAAGGCUAAAUGCACCCAUCCAGACUGUAAAACUACUAUUGAUCCACUGACCCCUGGAAUGAGUGUUUGGUUCGGUAAGCCUCCAAGUAUUUCGCUGAAAGUUGAAAAACAACCUGCUCGAAAAGGAAAUGUCGUAACCAUAAGUGCAGAUGGAGUACGACCACUAACGUAUGAAUGGUUUUUAGGGAAGAAAAAGCUUUGUGAUAACCAGGACUAUGAUGGUUACACAACAGAUAGGCUUGUGAUUAAGAAUGACCGUUUUUUAACUGAAGGUGUAUUAAAGUGCAAAGUGAAAGACAAGUCUGAUUGUGUUGUUGAAUCUGAUGAGCUUGAUCUCUUUGAAGAGGAGCUCAGAAAUACUUGGGAGUUGCAAGAAGAAGAGAUCGGCAAACUAAGGGAUAAUGGAUUUAAAAGUGUUAGAACUUUGCAACGUGCCCAGCUGGACAAGCUAAACUUUUUGAACAUGGCCGAAAAGAUAAGGAUGGAACCACUCUUUGCUUCUGUUCAGAAAAGUAAUGCUGCGAUUUCUGCAGUACAUAACGUCGAAACGGCUGCUACUGCGAGUUCUCCACAUAGCGAUCAAUCUGGUGCACAGCCAGAAUGUCAUAUAACCUCACACCGUUGCAAAAGACCUUUUACAUCAGAUGAAGAAGUUGAAAUCCCUCCAAAGCGUCGGAUUAAGGAUAUCGGUGCACAAAAUGCCUCAGGAAGGCCAACAGAAAGUAGUGAGAAGGGAAAGAGUGAACCUAAACCUGUUACCAGGACUGAGGAGACAACACAAUCUGGUCGAAAACGCGGAAGAGACCCACCUGCUAGCAACCCAAAGAGACCAAAAGUGAUACGGCCAGGAAAGAUCGAAGGUGAUCAAGUUCUCAUGAAGAUUGGCCGCAAGCUUGGAGUCAAGUGGAUGGAUGUUGGUGUGGAAUUAGGAAUGAAGUACGAGGACCUCAAAAACACAAUCAAAGAUGACCACAACAUAGAACACCACCUCAAACCAAUGGAUAUGUUUCAAAAGUGGAAAAGUAAAGCUGGUGACUCUUUCACGUAUGCAACACUGGCCUCAGCACUGGAAGAAGUUGGCCUCGAUACAUGCGCACAAACACACUGUUAUAUGAAUAAUGAUAUAUAGAUAUAGGACCAAUUUAUUUUUAACACUUCAUACAUUCAUUAAUUACAUGAUACGUAGCUAUAUGUAAUAUUUACACUAUUUCUAUAGCUGAAAGCAUUUGCAAGUA